AUGAGAAUUGAUCUUCAGAUGGUUGGACCUACACCAGCAGGCGCGCCUCGCCGCGAGCUCCUCCAGUAUAUACGAACAGUGCGAGUGUGGAGCUACCUUGUGGUCGUCCCGGCGCUCGGAGGCGAGCGCGGCCUGCGGCAGCGCGGCCAGCGCGUGGCGCAGCAGGCGCGCCUCGCCGCGAGCUCCUCCAGUAUAUACGAACAGUGCGAGUGUGGAGCUACCUUGUGGUCGUCCCGGCGCUCGGAGGCGAGCGCGGCCUGCGGCAGCGCGGCCAGCGCGUGGCGCAGCAGGCGCGCCUCGCCGCGAGCUCCUCCAGUAUAUACGAACAGUGCGAGUGUGGAGCUACCUUGUGGUCGUCCCGGCGCUCGGAGGCGAGCGCGGCCUGCGGCAGCGCGGCCAGCGCGUGGCGCAGCAGGCGCGCCUCGCCGCGAGCUCCUCCAGUAUAUACGAACAGUGCGAGUGUGGAGCUACCUUGUGGUCGUCCCGGCGCUCGGAGGCGAGCGCGGCCUGCGGCAGCGCGGCCAGCGCGUGGCGCAGCAGGCGCGCCUCGCCGCGAGCUCCUCCAGUAUAUACGAACAGUGCGAGUGUGGAGCUACCUUGUGGUCGUCCCGGCGCUCGGAGGCGAGCGCGGCCUGCGGCAGCGCGGCCAGCGCGUGGCGCAGCAGGCGCGCCUCGCCGCGAGCUCCUCCAGUAUAUACGAACAGUGCGAGUGUGGAGCUACCUUGUGGUCGUCCCGGCGCUCGGAGGCGAGCGCGGCCUGCGGCAGCGCGGCCAGCGCGUGGCGCAGCAGGCGCGCCUCGCCGCGAGCUCCUCCAGUAUAUACGAACAGUGCGAGUGUGGAGCUACCUUGUGGUCGUCCCGGCGCUCGGAGGCGAGCGCGGCCUGCGGCAGCGCGGCCAGCGCGUGGCGCAGCAGGCGCGCCUCGCCGCGAGCUCCUCCAGUAUAUACGAACAGUGCGAGUGUGGAGCUACCUUGUGGUCGUCCCGGCGCUCGGAGGCGAGCGCGGCCUGCGGCAGCGCGGCCAGCGCGUGGCGCAGCAGGCGCGCCUCGCCGCGAGCUCCUCCAGUAUAUACGAACAGUGCGAGUGUGGAGCUACCUUGUGGUCGUCCCGGCGCUCGGAGGCGAGCGCGGCCUGCGGCAGCGCGGCCAGCGCGUGGCGCAGCAGGCGCGCCUCGCCGCGAGCUCCUCCAGUAUAUACGAACAGUGCGAGUGUGGAGCUACCUUGUGGUCGUCCCGGCGCUCGGAGGCGAGCGCGGCCUGCGGCAGCGCGGCCAGCGCGUGGCGCAGCAGGCGCGCCUCGCCGCGAGCUCCUCCAGUAUAUACGAACAGUGCGAGUGUGGAGCUACCUUGUGGUCGUCCCGGCGCUCGGAGGCGAGCGCGGCCUGCGGCAGCGCGGCCAGCGCGUGGCGCAGCAGGCGCGCCUCGCCGCGAGCUCCUCCAGUAUAUACGAACAGUGCGAGUGUGGAGCUACCUUGUGGUCGUCCCGGCGCUCGGAGGCGAGCGCGGCCUGCGGCAGCGCGGCCAGCGCGUGGCGCAGCAGGCGCGCCUCGCCGCGAGCUCCUCCAGUAUAUACGAACAGUGCGAGUGUGGAGCUACCUUGUGGUCGUCCCGGCGCUCGGAGGCGAGCGCGGCCUGCGGCAGCGCGGCCAGCGCGUGGCGCAGCAGGCGCGCCUCGCCGCGAGCUCCUCCAGUAUAUACGAACAGUGCGAGUGUGGAGCUACCUUGUGGUCGUCCCGGCGCUCGGAGGCGAGCGCGGCCUGCGGCAGCGCGGCCAGCGCGUGGCGCAGCAGGCGCGCCUCGCCGCGAGCUCCUCCAGUAUAUACGAACAGUGCGAGUGUGGAGCUACCUUGUGGUCGUCCCGGCGCUCGGAGGCGAGCGCGGCCUGCGGCAGCGCGGCCAGCGCGUGGCGCAGCAGGCGCGCCUCGCCGCGAGCUCCUCCAGUAUAUACGAACAGUGCGAGUGUGGAGCUACCUUGUGGUCGUCCCGGCGCUCGGAGGCGAGCGCGGCCUGCGGCAGCGCGGCCAGCGCGUGGCGCAGCAGGCGCGCCUUGCCGCGCAGCUCGCGCGUGAGCUGCGCCGCGUGCUCCUCCAGGAACUCGCAGCGCUCCGCGCGCCGCGCCGCCGCGCGCUGCAGCGACACGAUGCGCUCGAUCAGCGCCUGCCGGUCCGCCGACCGGACCUGCGCCACGAGAUACGUCACAUGCAGAUACGCAGAUAA